UUCCUCUUCUCUCCGUCCAUUCACACGCUGGGAGCCGCCGGAGCGAGAGCCCCGCCACUCCGGGUCACCACUGGAAAUGUCUCCAAGUUUUGGAUUUUAAAAUCAUGGCGAGGAUAUCUAGCAGACGGAUCACCUAACCAGGCUCUCUCCUUCUCCCUCCGUGGAUGAUGUUCCUGAUGACGGCUUGCAUCACUGACAAGAGGAGUUGAAUCAAUAGUUCUGUUCCCCUGUCUGAAACCUUCUCUCCGCUUCAAUGUUCUUUCUAUUUAUUGACAGAAAAGUUGACAAAAUAUAAAGCCCUUAACCGGUGCACCUAACUGGUUUAGGCCAGUCCUAAUUCCCACCCCCUACUCCCCCUAAAUUGCAUCUAAAAGUGCCCUGAUGUCUCCCCUAGGUCGGCCGACGGCCUCUAUUGGCCUGCAGCAUUUGAUACAUCUCGGGCUUUUACUUGUGUGGAGUUCACCUUUCUCUGAAGGCCAUGCCCCACCAUUUGAAAGAUUCAAACCUUUCCAAUGGGGGCUCACACAUUUGGCUAUCCACAAUCAAACUGGAGAAGUCUAUGUGGGUGCCGUCAACUGGAUUUACAAACUCUCCAGCAACCUCACCAAAUUGCGCAGCCACAUGACUGGACCCGUUGUAGACAAUGAAAAGUGCUACCCUCCUCCAAGUGUCCAGUCUUGCCCUCACGAUCUGGCCCAAAUUGCUAAUGUGAACAAGCUUCUUCUAAUAGAUUACGCUCAGAAUCGUCUUAUAGCCUGUGGUAGCACCUCGCAGGGUAUCUGUCAGUUUUUACGCCUCGAUGACCUCUUCAAGCUUGGUGAACCCCAUCAUCGCAAAGAACACUACCUUUCCAGCGUGGAAGAGUCCGGAACGAUGUCAGGGGUCAUCAUUGGGGUCCCCUACAGCAAAACCAGCAAGCUGUUCAUAGGGACCCCUAUUGACGGCAAGUCUGAAUACUUUCCAACCCUGUCGAGUCGCAAGCUGAUGGAGAAUGAAGAAAAUGCUGACAUGUUCAGUUUCGUCUAUCAGGAUGAGUUUGUUUCCUCCCAACUCAAAAUCCCUUCUGACACCUUAUCCAAAUUCCCUGCUUUUGACAUCUACUAUAUUUAUAGUUUCAGCAGUGAGCAGUUUGUCUAUUAUCUUACCAUGCAGUUGGAUACUCAGCUCACCUCUCCCGAUGCGAGUGGAGAACAGUUUUUCACCUCCAAAAUAGUCCGCCUCUGUGUGGAUGACCCCAAGUUCUACUCUUAUGUUGAGUUUCCCAUCGGCUGCACGAAGGAUGGUGUUGAGUACCGUCUUAUUCAAGAUGCUUACUUGGCUCAGCCGGGGCGCCAGCUCGCUAACUCCCUGGGGAUAUCGGAGAGCGAAGAAGUCCUCUUCACCAUCUUCUCUCAGGGUCAAAAGAACCGGGCCAAACCACCUAAAGAGUCGGUGCUGUGUCUGUUUACGCUGAGAAAAAUCAAGGAGAAGAUCAAAGAAAGGAUUCAGUCUUGCUACAAAGGAGAAGGAAAACUGUCUCUACCAUGGCUGCUCAACAAAGAACUGGCCUGCAUCAACUCUCCUUUGCAGAUUGAUGACAACUUUUGUGGCCAGGACUUCAACCAGCCCUUAGGGGGCACCAGCACCAUCGAGGGUAUUCCACUUUUUAUCGAUAAAGAUGAUGGCAUGACGUCGGUGGCAGCUUAUGACUACCGCAGCAACACGGUGGCGUUCGUCGGAACACGCAAUGGCAAAUUGAAAAAGAUUUUGGUCAACUCUGUGAGUUCCAACCGUCCUGCAGUUCUUUACGAGAAGGUGACCUUAAGUGAGGGAGGUCAUCCGUUACUGAGGGACAUGCUUUUCAGCCCCGACCGGCAGCACCUGUACAUGAUGACUGACAGACAGGUGGUGAGAGUUCCAGUGGAGAGUUGUGAACAGUACACCACAUGUGGCGAGUGUCUGGGCUCCAGAGACCCUCACUGCGGAUGGUGUGUUCUCCACAACGUUUGCUCACGCAAGGAUCGAUGUGAACGAGCAGGAGAGCCCCAGAGGUUUGCGUCUGACCAGAGGCAGUGUGUGGAGCUCACCGUGCAGCCUAAAAAUAUAUCUGUUACCAUGUCUGAAGUCCAGCUGGUCCUCCAGGCUCGUAAUGUGCCCGAUCUAUCGGCGGGGGUCAACUGCUCCUUCGAGGACUAUGUGGAGACCGAGGGACAAAUCCAAGGCGGACACAUUUUCUGUCUGUCUCCCUCUGUCCGGGACAUAAUUCCAAUCACCAGGAACAAAGGUGACAAACGGGUGGUGAAGCUCUAUCUGAAGUCAAAGGAAACUGGCAAGAAGUUCGCAAGCGUCGAUUUUGUCUUCUACAACUGCAGCGUCCACCACUCCUGCCUUUCCUGUGUAAACGGCUCAUUCCCUUGUUACUGGUGCAAGUACCGACACAUGUGUACUCAAAACGCCAACGACUGCUCAUUCCAGGAAGGACGAGUCAACAUAUCUGAGGAUUGCCCCCAGAUCCUUCCCUCAACGCAGAUCUACAUCCCAGUCGGCGUGACCAAGCCCAUCACCUUAGCUGCCAAAAACCUGCCCCAGCCCCAGUCAGGACAGAGGAAUUAUGAGUGUGUUUUCCACAUCCAGGGGGAGACCCUCAGUGUCCCCGCCCUGCGCUUCAACAGCAGCUCCAUUCAGUGCCAGAAGACACCUUAUACCUAUGAGGGCAAUGACAUCAGCGACCUUCCAGUGGAUCUGUCUGUGGUGUGGAAUGGGAACUUUGUCAUCGACAACCCCUUCAACAUCCAAGCCCAUCUCUACAAAUGCUACGCUCUGCGGGACAGCUGUGGCAUGUGUCUGAAGGCGAACCCCAGAUUUGAGUGCGGGUGGUGCGUACAGGAGAAGAAGUGCUCCCUCAGACACGAGUGUGCUCCCACAGAGAGCACUUGGAUGCACGCCACAACUGGAAACAGCCGCUGUGCACAUCCCAAGAUCACAAAGCUUUUUCCAGAAACGGGGCCCAGACAAGGAGGAACUAUGCUGACCAUCAUCGGAGAGAACUUGGGGCUGCAGUUCAAAGAUAUCCAGAACGGAGUCCGAAUUGGAAAAGUGUCCUGCAACCCUCAGGAGGAUCAGUACAUCAGUGCUGAGCAGAUUGUUUGUAGACUGAACGAUGCCACAGGCUACAGGGUGCAGGAGGCCCAGGUGGAGGUGUGUGUGAGGGACUGCAUACAUCCUGACUACAAGGCCAUCUCCACCAAGGCCUUCACUUUUGUGUCUCCCUACUUCACUCGCGUCAACCCAACCACUGGACCCAUGUCUGGAGGAACCAAGAUCACCAUUGAAGGGAGCCAUCUCAACGCUGGAAGCGCCGUGAAUGUGAAAAUCGGACUCCACCCAUGUCGCUUUGAGAAGCGAAGCAGCAAGGAAAUAGUGUGUGUAACACCGGCAGGACAGACCCCAGGGACCACGCCUGUCAUGGUGGACAUCAACGCUGCUGAGCUGAGGAACCCAGAGGUCAAGUUCAACUACACGAAUGAUCCCACCAUCCUCAAAAUUGAACCUGACUGGAGCAUCGCCAGUGGAGGAACCAUGUUGACCAUCACAGGAACCAACCUGCUGACCAUCAGAGAACCCAAAAUGCGUGCCAAGUAUGGAUUUGCCGAGUCAGAGAAUAACUGCACGGUGGUGAACAACACGGUGAUGCUGUGCCUCGCUCCCUCUGUGGCUGCAUCUGAGAAAAGUUUCUCGGAAGUCGGCAGCAGUCCUGAUGAGAUCGGGUUUGUCAUGGACGAUGUCCGUGCUUUGCUGGUGGUGAAUGAGACUUUUAACUACCACCCGGACCCUGUGUUUGAACCGCUGAGUGCUGACGGCAAAUACGACAGGAAGCCCAGUUCCCCACUCAUCCUCAAGGGUCGGAACCUUAUUCCCGCCGCUCCAGGAAACGCCAAGCUGAACUACACGGUUCUGAUCGGGGACACGCCGUGCGCCCUCACCCUGUCGGAGAACCAGCUGAUGUGUGAAUUGCCGAACCUGACUGGGGAGCACAAAGUCACGGUACGAGUCGGAGGCUUUGAAUACUCACCAGGGACCUUGAAGAUCUACUCAGACAGCCUGCUGACUCUCCCUGCCAUCAUUGGAAUCGGUGGAGGCGGAGGCCUCCUCCUGCUGGUUAUCAUCGCUGUGCUCAUUGCUUACAAGCGGAAGUCUCGAGAUGCUGAUCGCACUCUCAAACGACUUCAGCUGCAGAUGGACAACCUGGAGUCCAGGGUGGCGCUGGAGUGCAAGGAGGCCUUUGCAGAGCUGCAGACUGACAUCCAUGAGCUCACCCAGGAGUUGGAUGGAGCAGGAAUCCCCUUCCUGGAUUACCGCACUUAUGCCAUGAGGGUCCUGUUUCCUGGAAUUGAGGACCAUCCGGUUCUCAAGGAGAUGGAGGUCCCCGCUAAUGUGGAGAAGGCCCUCACGUUGUUUGGCCAGUUGCUGACCAAAAAGCACUUCCUGCUGACUUUCAUCCGCACCCUGGAGGCUCAGCGAUCCUUCUCCAUGCGAGACCGGGGCAACGUGGCCUCCCUCAUCAUGACUGCACUGCAGGGAGAAAUGGAGUACGCCACAGGUGUCCUCAAACAGCUUUUGUCAGACCUCAUCGACAAAAAUCUGGAGAGCAAAAACCAUCCCAAGCUCCUCCUGCGAAGGACCGAGUCUGUCGCUGAGAAAAUGCUCACCAACUGGUUCACCUUCCUGCUUUACAAGUUCCUGAAGGAGUGCGCCGGCGAGCCGCUCUUCAUGUUGUACUGUGCCAUGAAGCAGCAAAUGGAAAAGGGGCCGAUUGAUGCGAUCACAGGAGAAGCACGCUACUCCCUCAGCGAGGAUAAACUCAUCAGACAGCAGAUCGACUACAAGACGCUGACGCUGCACUGUGUGAACCCGGAGAAUGAGAACGCUCCCGAGGUGACUGUAAAGAGCCUGAACUGCGACACGGUGACGCAGGUGAAGGAGAAACUGCUGGAUGCGGUUUACAAAGGAACGCCGUACUCUCAGAGGCCCAAGGCCUCGGACAUGGAUCUGGAAUGGCGUCAGGGUAGAAUGGCCCGCAUCAUCCUGCAGGACGAGGACGUCACCACCAAGAUCGACAACGACUGGAAGCGACUGAACACGCUGGCCCACUACCAGGUGACAGAUGGCUCCGUGAUUGCUCUGGUGCCGAAGCAGAACUCAGCGUACAACAUCUCCAACUCCUCCACUUUCACCAAAUCCCUCAGCAGAUACGGUACGAGAGAAGAGAGCAUGCUGAGAACUGCCAGCAGUCCUGACAGUCUGCGAUCCCGGACCCCCAUGAUCACCCCUGACCUGGAGAGCGGCACCAAACUCUGGCAUCUGGUCAAGAACCAUGACCACUCGGACCAGAGGGAGGGAGACCGGGGCAGCAAGAUGGUGUCGGAGAUUUAUCUGACCCGACUGCUGGCCACCAAGGGCACGCUGCAGAAGUUUGUUGACGACCUGUUCGAGACCAUCUUCAGCACGGCGCACCGCGGUAGCGCCCUGCCGCUCGCCAUCAAGUACAUGUUCGACUUCCUGGACGAGCAGGCGGACAAACACUCCAUAUCUGACCCGGACGUGCGGCACACUUGGAAGAGCAACUGUCUCCCGCUGCGUUUUUGGGUGAACGUGAUCAAAAACCCUCAGUUUGUCUUCGACAUCCACAAGAACAGCAUCACAGACGCCUGCCUGUCUGUGGUGGCGCAGACCUUCAUGGACUCCUGCUCCACGUCGGAGCACAAGCUCGGGAAGGACUCGCCGUCCAACAAGCUGCUCUACGCUAAAGACAUCCCAAACUACAAGAACUGGGUGGAGAGGUACUACUCGGACAUCUCUCGGUUGUCGGCCAUCAGUGACCAGGACAUGAGCGCCUACCUGGCAGAGCAGUCCAGGUUGCACGCCAACCAGUUCAACAGCAUGUCCGCGCUGCACGAGAUUUACUCGUACAUCAUCAAGUAUAAAGAUGAGAUCUUGUCGUCGCUGGAGCGGGACGAGCAGUCACGGCGUCAGAGACUGAGGAGCAAGCUGGAGCAGGUGAUCGACACAAUGGCCAUCACCAGCUGAGGACGGACCCCGCCCCGCCCUCCGUCUCUCUCCUCCUCCUCUCACCAGGACAGAAAAAAACUCCACUCCAAACGAUAGGAACUGCAAAAACAUGAAGGCAGAAUACUGUAACAUGGUGGGGGUUCGGCAGAACUGGACGGUCUGUGCUUUGAUGUGUACGUGUGCGUCUGUCUGCGCCCCCGCCCCACCGCCCAGUGGCGUCGACGCGUGUCUGCGGGAGAUGAGGCCGCACACGCCGAAAAGAUCAACCGAAGCUUUUCAUUCUUGUGGAUGUUGGUGUUUUGUGAUUUGCUUGAAUUUAUUUCCUGGAGUUUUGACGCGAUGACAGUCCCGAAAGAAGCUGAAAAAAAAGACUUUCAUGGCUUUGUUUUCAGACUGGACUGAUCGGAUGAGCCAAUGGAGAGAGGCGCUCUCAGUCAUGUGACUCCAACUGUUUUCCAGUGUAAUCAGCUGCCCACUCUCCGAUCUCUCGCCACUCGUAUUACUGCUGAUUUUGCACAAUUUACAGAAACGUUACAAAGGAAGACUAUAUAGAUAUUAUAUAUACAUUUUUAAAAGAGUUGUUUUUUUUCUUUCAGCCAACAACCACAAAGACGAAACGCAAAAGAUUUCCAUAUUUCAAUUGCAGAGAAAAAAAAAGCAACACAGACAAAAAAAAAAGAAACGUCGUACUGUGCCAUGUUUUCUUUGAAUGUCGUUUAGUGCAAAGACAUUUUGUUCGAUGGAAUGUGCAACCAGAUGAUUUUAAAUAUGCCUCGUGACUGAAAAGUAGAUUGAGCCGUUGUGGACGGGAAGCUUAUGUUUUCACAAUCUCGGGUCGGACCAUUCCCGCCGCUCAUGGUGACGACAUGAAGAAUUUUGUUUUUAAGACUCAUUCAGUGCAAUCUGUUGGUUUCAGGGAACCAUGCGUUAUCCUCACUGCGCUAGCUAACGUUAGCAUCUAGCUCCGCCGCCUCCUCCUCAAGUAGAAACCGAUCGAUGAAGUAGUAAAGUUGCACUACGUGUUUGCAAACGCGAGGCUCGGUCCCAUAGGUGCCGGCUCUUUCUGGGAGACUUUGUUUACCGAAGCGGCAGUCGGAUCCGAACAGAACGGGAAAUCCGUUUUUAGCCUGGAGUCACCUUUAUUCAGUUUUUAGCGGUAAUACCCAAACGGAAGCGCAGGAGCAUCUCUCACCCGCCUCGUACCUCUGGUCGAGCAGAGGCAGAGUUUUAGCUUUUAGGGGUCUGGAGGAACGCCGAGGUGGAGUGUUCAUCCGCGACACACCCCCCCACCCUUACUGCCAUGUGUGGCUUAAGCUUUUUUACAUUAAGAGGAUUCCGUUCUCUUUUUUAAGUCACCGUUUUUAACUAUGAGGACGUUUCUUUCCUUUUCUGGAUCUUGCUUGCCGAAGAAACCAAACUGUGGUCUGUAAAUUGUUUGUUGAUGUUUUCAUUUGUACAACUGUUAGCUUUUUUUUUUUCAUGCGUUGUCAUUUUGCGAUCAGGUCGUUUUUGUCUUAAUUUUUCUUUUCUUUUUUUAUCAUGUAAAUUGUACAUUGUGAGACAUAUUUACGGUACACAGAAGACAAAAGCUCUCUUCAGGUGGCGCUGAAGGUUGAAAUACUUGACCCGAGUCACAGUUUAGGAUUUUGUAAAAUGAGCAUCUGUGUCUUGUGGAUGCAAAUGUGACCUGCUGCUUCAACUCUUUGGUUGUUUAUCAGUCAGUCAGGCUGUGAUCUGAUGCUGGUCCUUCAUGCUGUCCACUCUCACGAAAACCUCCUGGGUCUGUGCAUCGGUCUUUUAAUAUUCCGCAACAAAUAGUCCCAUUCUAGAACCAAAAAUGCCCUUCUAUUAGCCCAAAUGCAGCUCAGCACUCAGCCAUGUCUUAGAUUGGAAAUAAAAGUUUAUCCUCGGCUUAUUGUCUGACCUUUUUAGGACCUUUCAAGUAAUUGGCGGCAGUUUUAAAGUCUUUUCGCCCCCAGAAAAAGUGAGCUGCGUGACUCCCCUCUUGAUGUUCGUUGCCCUGGAACUAUAUUUGGAGUCGAUGCUCAGCAGGUGACAGCUUGAUAAAAGGCGGGAAGAUUACAGGAGAAAGCAUCUUUCCGCACGAGUUGCUGCGCUGGCUGUCGUGGGCGUGAAGUCGCAGCUCCUGUUGAUCAGAAUUCGCUCAGCGGAGACGCGACCGCAGCGAUCCGUCAGUCUUCUGAAAGGCUGUGGAUUCACUCUCAGGUUCACGAUUCAUUAGUGCCACAUUCUGGUUGUAAUUCACUGCGCUAAGUGGCAGGUGAGCGGGUUGAUGUGUUUCAUCAGCCCAGCGACAACAUGCCUCUGCGACUGGCCCCAUCUUCAAGUCCAGGAGGUUCAGCCACCCGUCAUUAUCCCGCAUGUUGCACAGACUCAGCUGGUGUUUUGCUGAGGGAGAAAACAAACGAUACAAAUGUGAGGAUUGAGCCUGUUUCUCUGCCCCUCCUCUCGUCUCCCGCUCCUUCUGUGGACCGACAGCCUCUCUCGCCUGCUUUCUGUACGGAAGCCACGUCAAAUCCCAGACAGAAGAAGUCAGCGGCAAAGGAAUUUUAAUACCUGAUACAUUUGUAGAGUUUCAGAAUUGAAGUCACAUGUUUGCAGGUUCAUUCAUUUUGUAAAUAUUGUGUUAUUUCCUAUUUUGCUGAUUUACUACUUGUAAAUAAACACGCAUCAA